AUGAGAGCAUUUUUAUUGACCACAUCGGUUGCAAUAUUUAUUUGGGUGCACUCUAAUUAUCGACUACUUGAUCUACCCUUGCAUUCUACAUGGACAUGGUUAUUCUCACUACUUGUGGUUGAGUUUACAUACUAUUGGACCCAUCGGGCGCUCCACGAGUUUAACAUUCUAUGGGCUGCCCAUCAGUUCCAUCACAUGGCAGAGGAUAUUAACAUUACAACUACUGUACGCGACUCUGUAGUCGACCUUUUCAUAUAUUCGAUCUUUCCUCUACCACUUGGAAUACUAAUACCCCCGCAGAUCAUAAUGGUGCAUGUUCAAUUGAGUCUGUUGUAUCAGAUGUGGCUGCAUAACUCAGUGGUGGGUAAUCUGGGUUUCCUGGAGUACAUAAUCAAUACUCCCCGACAACAUCGCGUACAUCACGGGAAGAACCGGUAUUGUAUUGACAAGAAUUACGGCGCGUUAAUUAUGGUUUGGGACCGACUUUUCGGUACACAUCAGACAGAGAAGGAGAAGAUUCUCUACGGAGUGGUGUCUCCGACACCCAAAACAUACGAUCCAACAAUUUUGAGCUUUGGUUACUAUCGAGAUGUUUGGCAAAAGUUUUGUAAAAUGGAUGGAUUUUGUAAUAAGAUGUCGGCCCUGUUUAAGGGUCCCGGUUGGACACCCGGUAAACCACGACUCGGAGAUAUUAAUGAUGUGCCCGAAGUUGACUACACUGAACCAAAGUAUAGUCAUAAUCCUUUUAUUUCUGAUUGGCGUAAGUUAUAUGUGGCUUAUCACGGGAUUAUUAUGGUAUUGGGCUUUUAUAUGUUGGGAGAACAUCCAUAUCUCCGCUUUUCCCCGGGAAAAGGUUUAAUCGCAGCCAUAUAUGUCGUAUAUUUAUUGACAUCAUUUGGUGCAAUAUUUGACAACAGAUCAUGGGCGGCACCCCUGGAAAUAAGCCGAUGUUUGGCAUAUUUUGCUUUUGAUUAUUUCCUCAUAUUCCCAGUGCAGUGGCCGAUAGGCGCGGGUCAGUACCUACUGCUCAAUAUCCUGAUGUGGAGCACACGUGCGGCUCACGUACUCUCUAUGCUAUUUUGGUUCGUGUACUGUUGUAAACACCGCUCGAGUGCUGACAACGAGAGCACUGAAUAUACAGAUGUAAAGGAUAUUGAGAGCGAAACCUCAUCAAAGAUCCGUCGGAAUGGAUGCAAAGCCAUUAUAUUUAUCCUCUGUUUUUUAAUCGUUUCGUUGGCAUUCAUUAUAGCUUUUAUGACACAAGGAUAA